AACAGGAAAAGAUCUCACAAGAGCAUGGGUGGAGGUUGUGAUCAUGGCUUCCCUUAGCAAGAUACCAGAUGUCUUUAUCACAAUGUGAGGGGAACGUGAACCUCUGUGGAUUUAUUUCAAAGCUCAAAGCUGCAACUGGCUAGCAAAGAGGUGGGUUGGUCUGACAGCAGUGCAUGCCAAGAGACAGGCACAGUGUGGAACUACUCAAGGCUAUAAUCACACAGAGCAAAAGGACAGCAGCCCCUGUUCACAAGCCUGAGGCUCUACAUCUGUGUUCCCAAGCAAGGAGAUAGGGUUAAAGCUGACGAGAGAUCAGCACGAUGACAGAGAAGAAUGACACACUGGCGUCUGCUGACUCAGAGCUGGCCCAGUGCGAGGCAGAGGUGAGCACUUUACUCCGAAUUAUAGCUGAGCUCAAUGUGAAGAUGGGCGCCCUGCAAAUACCACGGGAACCAAAAAAUUGUGAGUCACAGGGCCAGGCCUGCACGGCUGUUUCAAGUUUGAGCUCCAGUCCACCAGCACCACAGCCGAGCCCAGUGGUGGACACUGGCACAGCAUCUGUGGAGUCAGUAGCCAAGCAAGGUGGCAGUGAAGAGCUAUGGGCAAGGCUCCAGCAAGUUCUGUCCAGUCUAGAGUCUUCGGCCAGCAGGGGGAGAACGCUGGUCGAGCCCUAUGUUCAUGAUGAUGGAAAAACCCAGGCAGAGCAUAUUACUGCAGCACGUGAGAGCUGGGUUCAGGCCACAGAAGUGUUGGAGGAAAUGGAAAGGGAGCUUGGAAUCUCUUACACAUCUGCAUUACCUUCUGAAGAGCGUCAGCGCUAUCAAAAAGACGUGCUCUCGCUGGAUAAAUUCAACCGAGACCUCAUUGCCAACAUACAGAGUCGUCAGGAUGAACUGAAGAGUGCAGAGGGGGCCAUUCUGGAGAUGGAGGAAGAGAAGAAAAAGCUUCGAGAAAAGCUGGAGGAGCUCAAAAGAAAAUGGUUGAUUUGGGCAAGUCCUUCCCCACCCAGGAGUCCAUCCUUGUCCUCUAGUAGGACCCCAAGCCCCUGCUGGUCCUCUCCUGCAUUUCCUGGGUCUCCCCUGCUGUCACGCAGGCUGCCUGUCUCACCUCCAGCCUCCCCAUCUCUGCCCCCUCGAGCCCAUCCCUCCAGCUCCAUGCUGGAGACGGACACUGAGCGGCUCCAGAGGUGCCUGGAGAGGCUGAAAGCAAGGAACGAGCGUCUCACGGCAGCUCUGGACAGACGGAAGAGCGAGCAGGAGCAGGUCAGCAUGGCUCUCAGCCGCCAUGAGGCCGACUGCUCCGCGCUGAAUAUGGCCCUGGCUUACUGUGAAGAGUGUGAAGAGGCCUAUAGUGAUCUAUUGUCCCUGUAUGAAGCCAGGAAACAACAGAGUGCUGCGUUGGCAGCACCAUCUCCCCCAGAAAAGCCUGAGUGUUUGAUUUCUGUUCAGGAACAGUCAGUCUGUAAACAUGUGGACACUGCAGAGUCCACACAGUCCAGUUUGUCAGCAGAGGAGUUUGAAGAUAAGACUGGAAUGAUUCGGCAGAGAAUUUCCCGGCUGAAACAGGACAGGGCAGUAGUGUGUAUUCCAGAGCGCACAAGGACAGGAGAAGGGAAGCUGAGCCCUGAUACAGGCACGCUAGCCGGAGCCAGGAGAAACAGCAGUGUCUCCUCAAAUAACCCCAAAGGAGAGAAAGCCACACUGCUGUAUGAGCUGGUCACUGUGAGGGAGGAGAUGUCAGAGCUGCGGGGGCUCAUCAGACUGAAGGAGAAGGAGAGACGCUGUCUGGAGUUCUCUUUGAUGGCCCAGAGGUGUCAGGACGUAGCCGGGGCUACGAUAGCAGAGAGCCUGCGAGAGGAGUUGGAUGACAGGAGAGCAGAGCAGCAGAGGAGAGAUGAGAAUCGGGCCAAGCUGGAAAGCGGAGGGGAAAUUCCUGGGCCGCGGAAUCACGCCAUCAUGAGAGAACUCAGAGCUGCCCUGCUAAGAGAGCAGACACUAAAGAGGAGAAUGACGUCUUUACGAGAUUCUCUGGACUCUGCCCUCUUAGACUGCACAACCCAUAGAAGAGUUAGCAAGGAGGAAGUUGCCCGCCUCUCUCUCUGUAACAAUAAAGCCAUGAGUGCAUACAGGAACGCACGCAAGAAGCACCACGAGCAGCUGUGGAGGUUAGAGCGGCAAAUGACGGCCAUGACAGAGCGUCACGCUGCCCAACUGGCUGAGCUCAAAGCUACACUGGAGGCACUGGAGUGGAAAAGGGAGGAAACUGUGCUCUGAAAGUGGCCUGAGUGUGCAAGAACAUUUUGUACAAAAGCACACAUGUACACACUAACUGUUUGAUGAAACAUUAAAAGGACAUUUGAAAACAUUUAAAAA